AUGAGUGAUAAAAAUAAAUCAGUUAAAAUAAGAGAAAGUAUAGAAGGAAAAGCGUUAGAUACAGAAGAAAGAAUUGAAAGGCUGCAAGAUGGCGAAGCCUCGGCGAGUACAACGUAUGAAUUGUUUUUAUGUGUUUAUAAUCCCAAUGCAUAUUCAUCAAAUAGAAAUCGUGUCGAAUUCGAAAUUGUUGAGAAAGAACCAAUUUUCGUUAUUGUCGACUCAAGUUGUGAGAGCAAUCCCAGCUCAAGAGAAAUUUUAAUAAAUAACAACAAAGGAUGUACAAAAGAAACCGAUGUACCAACAUAUUUGAGGAAGCAUGUAUUUCCCAUUGAUUUACCAUCAACAAGCAAAGAAAUAAGAGAAGGGUCUCGGUCUAUGUCCAAUGAAGCAGAGUCCAAAGAAGAAUUACAAGUGAUGGAUAUAAAUCUGCAAAGUGAUAGUGAACUUCCUGUACAAAACUUCGACAAUGAAGAUCAAUCUAUAGUCGUUACUUACCUUAAAAAUAAGGAUAAAGUGAAUCGCAGAGAUGGCGUCUUAUUGUCGUCAAAAAAGAGGUCUUCUCUACUAAAUGAUGUCCCAAAACUAGAAACCAUACCAGAAAGCGACCAAGUCUCUACUGUUAUCGAUCCAUCAAUAAAAAUAUCGGAAAGUUCUCUGGACGUAUACAUCCCCUCAUUUCCUGGUUCACCACGAUCCCUUGAUUAUGCGUCUGAACCCUCCAAUGAUUCCGAAUUUGAAGAAUACCAGCACGAUCCUCGGUUAAAAGAAGCUAUAGAGUUCCUUCACGCAGACAAGGACCUACUCAUCGCUGCCGAAACUGGCAAUGAUCAACAUAUCGAAAUGAUUCUAAGGAGGUCAGAUAUACCUGUCCAACAAAUGGACCACCUGGGGAGAAAUGCACUGCACCUUGCAGUUUGUUCCGAUAAUCUGAGAGGUAUAGAAUUAUUGCUGAAAGGUGGAGUUAGCCCCAAUGUUAAAGAUAGCGUCGGAAUGACUCCGCUAUCGUUGUGUUUGAUGCGCAGACCGUCGUUGACUGUGGCCAAGCUACUUUUUGAUUAUGGGGCUAAACUUAUGCCACGAACGGAUCCUAUGGAUACGGGACUAUUUAUUCAAUUCGUUAUGAUGUCAACACCGACAAAUGAAGAAGAGAACAUUAUGGAGCUUCUUAUACAAAAAGGUGCUCUUGUUAACGAUCCCGAUGCACCAGGAGGCCGGCAGCCUCUGCACUUUGCAGCAAUGAGCAACAACUGUACUCUUAUACGAAUUCUCGUGAACUUAGGAGCAAGCUUGUAUUUGACUAAUCACAGAAAUGAAACGCCAAAACAAGUGGCAGCUACGUUUGACUGUAGAGAUGCUUAUGAUCUUUUGAAUAAACUCGAAUCAGAAGAUAUGCUGCCUAUGCAAUCAAGAGGACGACAGACAAGUCUAUUUUAA